AUGUCCCUAACAAUAGAAAAUAUCUUAAAACCGGUGGCUUCAUCUUCUAAAGAGCCCGUGAUAGACGAUUCCCGUAAAAAUCCGAUUGAUGAUGUUGGAACGCAACUCGUCACCCAGUUUCUAGCCGCCGACUGCUUGAGAAGACUAUAUGCGGAUCAGAUGACGUUACUCUCCACUGCUUUGAUAGAGUAUCAGCUUCAGAGCCUGAGUAAAAAUACUCCAGACAUAGAAGAAAAGAAGCAGAAGUCCCCAAGGAAAACGGUCACUGUCGUGAGAGAACGGAGAAGAACCAAGUAUUCGACGGAUGAUGAAAGAAAAACAGCCAACGAGCGAGAACGAGUCCGAGUACAGUCGAUUGGAAAGGUUUUGGACGACCUACGAGAAAUUUUGCCCUGUCAGCACCCGAAAUUAUCAAAGGUAUCCAUCCUACGACUCGCUACUCAUUACAUCGGUUACCUGGGCGCUAUUUUGGAGGAUGAGGACUAUCGGCCUCACAAAGAGCUUUUCCACAAGACGUUCGACUUCGAGACGCGCACUAAUAAACGCCGAAACGAAAAAUUCCUUCUUGGCCUAUGUUCAGUGAAGGAAGAGGAAGACGAUGCA